CUCCCCCUCGUCCUCUCUCUCUCUCUCUCUCUCUCUCUCCUGUCAGUGUUGUUUCAAUAUAUAUAUAUAUAUAUAUAUAUAUACACAUUGAAUGGUCUCGAAGUUGGGAGAAUAGUGGACUGUGUAGUUCUGUUCAGCUUAACAGAGCCUUCAUUGGCGUAGCGACAAACGGUUGCCCUUUGCAUUCUCGACAGCGAUCAAUUAAUUAGCUCGAUCGGUCGGUCAAAUUAGUUUCCAUCAAUGGCGGGGGUGGCGAAGAGUAGUCACGAGAGCUUCGGCGGCUGCGGGGGAACGCUUAGGGUGCUGCGGCCUCUGCUCCAUCUGCUCCUCCCGCUCUGCGUCCACUGGGUGGCGGAGGAGAUGACCGUCUCCGUCCUCGUCGACGUCACCACCAAGGCUCUCUGCCCCGGCGAGUCCACCUGCUCCGAGGCCAUCUACAUCAACGGCCUCCAGCAGACGGUGGUCGGAAUUUUCAAGAUGGUGGUACUGCCGUUGCUGGGUCAGCUCGCAGAUGAAUGCGGCCGGAAACCGUUGCUUCUCCUCACCCUGUCGACGUCCAUUUUCCCAUUUGCUCUACUUGCCAUGAGCCAAUCCAAAGAAAUUGUCUAUGCCUACUACGUGCUCCGAACUAUCUCGUACAUCCUAAGCCAAGGCAGCAUUUUCUGCAUUUCUGUUGCAUAUGCGGCGGACUUCAUAGAAGAGGGCAAAAGGGCUGCAGCAUUUAGUUGGAUCACUGGUCUCUUUUCUGCCUCUCACGUACUAGGCAAUGUGUUGGCACGCUUUCUUCCCGAGCAAUAUGUUUUCUUUGUUUCUAUCGGACUCUUGAUGUUUUCCCCACUUUACAUGCACUUCUUCUUGACUGAGACAGUUAAACCGGUUCAGAGACAGGACCAACAACCAGCCUGCUUGUCUAAGAUUCUGAGGGUUCUGCAAAAACGGUUCCAUGGUAUGAGAGAUGCUGCCUCUGUUGUUGCAAGCAGUCCGACGCUUCGCGGAAUUUCACUUGUUUCCUUCUUCUACGAGCUAGGAAUGUCGGGCAUUACCAGUGUUUUACUGUACUAUCUGAAGGCGGCUUUUGGGUACGACAAGAAUGAGUUCUCUGAAAUUCUUAUGAUGGUGGGGAUCGGUUCAAUAGUUUCUCAGAUAAUGGUGCUUCCUCUAAUCAAUCCCAUUAUUGGGGAGAAAGUGAUACUCUGCAUCGCCUUACUGGCAUCAAUUGCUUAUGCAUUGCUCUAUGGCUUUGCAUGGGCUUCCUGGGUCCCAUACUUAAGUGCCUCUUUUGGGGUCAUUUAUGUACUCGUCAAGCCCGCUACAUAUGCUAUCAUUUCGAAAGCAGCAAGCCCAACUGAUCAGGGAAAGGCACAGGGGUUUAUUGCCGGCGUGCAAUCAAUCGCAAGUCUUCUAUCGCCUCUGGCUAUGAGUCCAUUGACCUCUUGGUUCCUAUCGGACAGUGCACCUUUCGACUGCAAGGGCUUCAGCAUUGUGUGCGCAUCCAUUUGCCUGGUGAUUGCUCUAUGUUACGCUUGCCUGCUCAAGCCUGAGGGCCACUCGGGUGACAAGUCAGAGAGUGCAGAAGACAUCGAAGCGCCACUACUUAGUAGCAGUAAUUAGGAGAUAAUGCUACGAUCCCGAGCUUCUAGAUAUAGAUCGCGCGCGGGGAUGUACAUAUUUUGCCUUAGCAGGUUCUGCAAUCCAUGUGAGAUUAUUUUUUGGUUUUUUUGCCCUCAUGUAAUGAUGUAUAUGUAAUGCGGUAUUAACUAAGCUGGAAAAUUUUGAAGGCAAGGCCUCUUCUACUCUCGGUCAGUCUGAUAAUUGAUUGUUAUAUUUUUUCUUUA